AAAAUGAGAAAUAUUUUGUUUCUCAAUUUUUCUCUGCCCAAUUUUUAUGCGGGGUGAGUGAGUUUCUCCACCUAACGCAAUACUCACCCCUGAUUAUAAACCUGCCUAUUAACAUCAGCAGCAAAACAACGACUUACAAACUUUUUUUUUUUUUUUUUUUUUUAAUCAACCAAUGGACAAUUCCUGUCGCCGACCUUUGUGAAUCUCGUUUGUCAACUGAACAUCUGAACUUGGAGAAAGCUACAUCUCUCAACAGGAGGUUGGCAACUGCCGGAGCGCGAGAUGGAGAACGAGUACUCAGAGCUGGUGAAGGACGACGAGGAGCUGAUGUGGGAGAAUGUGGAGAGCAAACGGCAUUUCCUGAGCCGAAGCAUCAGCCCCAACAAGCUGACUCCGUACCUGCGGCAGUGCAAGGUCAUCGAUGAGCAGGAUGAGGAUGAGGUGCUCAACUCACACAUGCUGGAGUCCAAAGUCAGCAGGGCAGGCCGGCUGUUGGACAUCUUGCACACAAAGGGGCAGCGUGGCUAUGUGGUGUUCCUGGAAAGCCUGGAGUUUUACUACCCUGAGCUCUACAAACUGGUAACGGGAAAGGAGCCCACACGCAGAUUCUCUUCAAUUGUGGUGGAGGAAGGUCACGAAGGCCUGACGCAGUUCCUGAUGAACGAGGUGAUCAAGCUGCAGAAGCAGACCAAGGCGAAGGACGUGCAGCGCGUCAAGCUCCUGAGCAAACAUCGCACCAUGUGGGACGAGCACAAGAAGCUACGGCUCGUCAACCAGGAGCUCUUCACUUUCCAGGAGCGCUACAACAAGAUGAAGGAGGAGAGGAACAACUACAACGACGAGCUCAUGAAGGUCAAGGAUGACAACUACAACCUGGCCAUGCGCUACGCCCAGCUGAGCGAGGAGAAGAACAUGGCAGUCAUGAGGAGCAGGGAUCUGCAGCUGGAGAUUGACCAGUUAAAGCACAGGUUGAACAAGAUGGAAGAGGAGUGCAAGCUGGAGAGGAAACAGUCCCUGAAACUGAAGAACGACAUCGAGAACCGGCCCCGCAAAGAGCAGGUGCUGGGGCUACAGAGGGAGAACGAGGGACUGAAGAUGAAAAUUCAGGAGCUGCAGUCCAUCAUACAGCCUGGGAAGCACAUUGUGCCUGACUCGGACAAAGCCAUCUUGGAUAUCCUGGAACACGAUCGUCAGGAGGCCCUGGACGAUCGCCAGGACCUGGUGAACAGGCUGUAUAAUCUACAUGAGGAGGUGCAUCAGGCAGAGGAGCUCAGGGACAAGUACUUGGAGGAGAAAGAAGAUCUGGAGCUGAAAUGCUCGACGCUGGUGAAAGAUUGUGAGAUGUACAAAAACCGCAUGAACACCAUGAUGAUCCAGCUGGAAGAGGUGGAGAGGGAGCGCGACCAGGCAUUCCGUUCCCGUGACGACGCCCAGACCCAGUUCUCACAGUGCCUCAUCGACAAGGACAAGUACCGCAAGCAGAUUCGCGAGCUGGAGGAGAGGAGCGACGAGCUCCACAUUGAGAUCGUCAGGAAGGAGGCCAAGAUCGUCAACUUGGAAUCCAAACUGAGGCGCCUGUCCAAGGAUGCCAACUGUCUGGACCAGAGUUUGCCCAGAAACAUCCCUCUAACAAUCAUCUCCCAGACCUUCGGUCAGUCGUGUCAAAAGACUAACGGUCAAGACAUGGCUGAGCCAGACUCUGAUGACGAGUCACCUUUAGACAACGAGUUCUUCCAACCUCCACCGCUCUCUCCUCGGCUGAAACGCAGACCCAACUUAAAGGGAAUUACGCUUGCCAGAGCAAAAUCCCCAAUAAACAUAACCAAACCACCAGAUUUCCAAGCUGCGAUAGCUGCAAAUAGGGAUUUGUCUGAAACAGCCAGCACAGGGACAGACACGACCUCGACUCACACAAGCUCCCUCAAUAAUUCAUCCAACUCCAUCAAUGGAUGUGAAGUGAUCAAUAAACUGACGCUGCGUGGUCGAAAUGACAGUAUAAUCCCUGAGCCCCCGUGUAAUGAUUCCAUAGUCCGCCGUCAUAAAGAAAGAGAACACGGCACCCAACCCAGAAGCAAUUUGGAUCUUGAUUUUGACUGUGGUGAUAACAUGGAGCUUUAUGAUGAAGAUGCUGACAGAUUCUACUUCGGACCUCCCUCUAUUCACUCCUCGUCUUCCUCCCAUCAGUCCGAGGGACUGGACUCCUACGACAUGGAGCAACAAGUCAGCAACAUUUUCAGGAAGUUUUCACUUGAGAGACCCUUCCGCCCCUCCGUGACCUCGUUUAGUCAUAUCAGCAGCACGCUGAGGCCCCUGCAGGACGUCACGCUCCCUGGGGACAGCCUGCUGUCAGAGAUCACGCUGGUGGGCGGGAAUGACAGUGGGAUUUUCGUCUCCUCCGUUCAGCAGGGAUCCAGCGCAGAGAUGGCGGGGCUCAUAGAGGGACAGCACCUCCUGCUGCUUGAAGGCUGCAUAAGGGGAGAGAAUCAGAAGGUGCCCCUGGACACCUGCACUAGAGAAGAAGCACACUGGACACUGCAAAGGUGCAAUGGGCCAGUUACACUGCACUUCAGACCCAACUAUGAUGGUUACAGAAAACUGCGGAAGGAAUUAGAUGAUGGUUUGGUCACAUCCGGGGACUCCUUCUACGUGCGAUUGAACUUGAAUAUCUCGGGGCAGAUGGACAGCUGCUCUCUGAGUGUGAAGUGCGAUGAGAUCGUGCACGUCCUGGACACCAUGUACCAGGGGAAGAGCGAGUGGCUGUGUGCCCGGGUCGAUCCCUGCAACGACAAAGACAUGGAAAAGGGAACGCUCCCCAGUUACAGCAGGGCCCAGCAGUUGCUUCUUGUGAAAAUCCAGAAAUUGAUGUACAGAGGCAGCAGAGAUGAGACUGACAGUCAGUACAGUACACUCCGAGGUCUCAAGAACACACUGCAGCCCGAGGAGACGUCCCCUCAGCCAGAUCCGAAAUCCAGCCCUCGUCUGUCCAGAGCCAGCCUGUUCCUUGGACAAAUCUUACAGUUCAUCAGCAGGAAUGAAAAGUACAAGAGGAUGAACAGCAGUGAGCGUGUGCGCAUCGUCAGUGCAGGCCCCACCACACCCAGCCGGCACACAUUCGAAGCUGUCAAACAAGAUGUGCCAGAUUUAGAUCCUGAGAACGACCUGAACAAGAGUCUGAACCUGAUUCCCUACAGCCACGUCACUGCGAAUCACUGCCAGCGCAAACGGCCCGUGCUCUUCUGGCCCACUGCGCUCGCUAAAACAAUCGUCCACAAGCUGCUCAAUGCAGGGGGAGCUAUGGAGUUCAACAUGUGCAAACCAGACAUUUUGACAAAGGACGAGUUUCUGCAGAAACGAAAGAUAGAGCCCAUUAUUUUCUCCCGGGAGAAGAAUGCCAAUACCUUUGAAUGUAUCACAACGGAAAAUAUUGAGGCUGUAGCUACAAAGAACAAGCAUUGCUUGUUGGAAGCUGGAUUGAGCUGCACAAAAGAUUUGAUCCGAAGAGAAAUUUAUCCUAUCAUUAUCUUCAUCAGGGUCUCUGAAAAAAACAUCAAGAAAUUCAGGAAGUUGCCACUCAAGAUGGACUCAGAAGAUGAUUUUCUGAAAAGCUGUCGAGCGAAAGAUAAAGAGCUGGAGGCUGUGCCCUGUCUCUAUUCCACAGUGGAAGCCGAUGCGUGGAGCGGGAUUGAGGACCUCUUGAAGAUCAUCAAGGAGAGAAUCCUAGAAGAGCAGAAGAAGACCGUCUGGAUUGAGCAGGACCAGCUCUAGUUACGACGCGGUGCUGCCGAUAGGAUACAUUUAGAUGAAGGCUACACUAACAGGUUCCCUUUAGUGCAAUGCAUUAUUUCAGAGUAGGAACCCGGAGACCAGUGUUCACAAUUUGAUGUGAACCCACCAUGGUUCUGCAGUUAUGAUCUGGUGUUGAUGUUUAAUGCUGAUAACACGUGCCACAAGAAGCACAGUGCAGUAUACUAAAGGGUUUCUUCACUCUGUAUCUCGCUGUCUCACAGGUGAACUAGGUGACAUACAAAGAUGGGGGGAAGUUUCAUGCAUUACCAGGCCAAUCCUCUGGGUUCAACCGAUGAUGACACAGUUAGGUACGCACCUGGUUCCUGUCGGUUGUUGAAGAAAUCCAUUAAAGGGGAGCAGGUCAUUACCAUCUCUCGCAAUUAUGAUAACAUUGGCUGUGUAAGGCUAAAGAUAGCGGAAUACAUGACUACAGUUUUUUUAUUUUAUUUUGGUGUAUUAAAAUGGCCGAAACGCAAAAUGCCAAGCAUGACUAGCAAGGCAAAUAAUGUUAUGGAGAGAUGUCUUCAAGAAUGUGAAAAUGUUGCUACACCAUACUGUUAAAGGAGAGCUGUACUACUGCAUGUAGUACAGCACCUACAGCCUGGCCUGUCACAGUUAACAACGGGAAUGCUGAAGCACCAAGGCAAAAGCAUGUCAUAUUCUUACUGCCACAAUGCAGCUAUCCCAGGAAUUUUACAAAAACACUCAAGGACUGCACUGCACUGUAAUCUGUGUCUUCUGUAACUAUUACUGCUUGUAGAUCCUUAGUUCUUCAGUGUGAUCGGUUACUAGAAGUGUUACUAUGGUUCACUCAAUAAAGGUUGAAAGAAA